CGCUACUGCAACGUGCCGUCUUGCUUCUUCACAACGGACUUCCGGCCGCUGGCGCAUACCGUCGCAAACGUCAUCACUCGACAGCUCAAACCAGCAUGCGCUAAGUCUGGUGUGCACCUCGACACUCUUCCGACUGGCUAUAUCGCCAGAAAGCUCUGCGUAUAGUUCGAGCACAGUGCAGGGCACAUCACUACUACGCCAUGGCCUCUAAGCGGCAAGGCACAACCUCGAGGCCUCGUCGCGACUCGGCGAGCGCUACAGGUUCCCAUUCUACCGUCAACGAUCGAAUGCGAGUCACCAAACCUGGAUCCCGACCGUCCCCGAAUAAGCCCACCGAUGGCCUCCGAUCUAAGACUCGAUCUUCGACCCGCUCCCACAUUCAGUCAUACGUUGGCAUGGAAAGCUCUGAUGAGGAAGACUCCGUCGUGGACGAAUCCGAAGAUUUUGAGGAAUCAACCCGUACCUCACGCAAGAGUCCCCGAAAGACGCCGACCAAGGCUAGCGACGGAAGAGGGGCUAGGAGGGCCGGCACCAAACGCAAGUCGACCACAACCGCGCGAGACUCUACCCCCAAGAGAGGCCGAGGUCGACCUCGCAAAGUGGAGGCUUCACUGCGGAAAGCCAAGCAUGACUCCUCAGACGAGUCCGACGACAAUGGGUCCGAAGACGAACUCUCAAAUGCCAAAACUGCUCCCAAGACCACUCCGGCUAAGCCGCGUGGAAGGCCUCCGAAGAAUAAGACGGAUGUCGAGAUGAACAACGCAACCUCUGUCAUCAUACCAAACUGGCUCGACCCUCAAAUCGCGCAUUCAAUCUGGGUCCAAAUAUUUCAAUUCGUGGCGACUUCAGGCGAUGAGCAAGAUACAUUAGACGUCAACUGGAUUCUCCAUACGGCUAGGGCGUGUAGACAAUUCGCUGAUCCGGCAUUGACCGUUCUCUACAAGUGUCCACCGAUACGGGACGAGACCAAAGCUUAUGGGCUCGCGGAACUACUCGAGAAGCCGCCAUCGCAGACCGCUUUCAACUAUAGAGCGAAAAUCGAGGCCCUUCACAUCGAUGUGAGACUGGUGUCUUUACGAGGUCUUACAUCGCCACUGAAGCUGAUGCAGAACUUGCCACGUCUCAAAGAGGUCCUGCUCGUGCAUGGAUAUGACCAGGCCCCUUUCCGAAAGCUAAAGGAAUCCAUCAAGUGGACUUACCCUGACGAGCUAUUUCAAGCAUUCGAGGUGUCGCCUACCGCAGAUGCAGAGGCUGGGGAGAAGACUGCGAUAACACGACUCCGAAGCUGGCAGUGGAGCUCUCGGCUGAUGAACAAGAACUGGGAGGCUAGCCUUGCGAGGCUUCAAGAAGUUCAUCAGAUGCCGAGCUUCGUCUCUUUACGGAAACUCAAGUUCGUAAACUACCAGAUGCCGUCCAUCAGACUGGACAAAGACCCCGAGACCAAUCCCGAAUUGCUGGCUGAAGAUCAGAAGUCUGUGAGCCUGCUUGCGAACUCUAUCCUGGCUCUUCCCAAUCUCGAAGAUCUGGUUUUUGAAUCCUCGACAAUUAUUACUACGUCCCUGUUUCCCUUGCUCCCAGCAAAGCUGAAACGCCUAGAGCUAGUGAAUUGCGCCGAAGUCAUUGCCGACGAUUUCAGCUUGUUUCUGGUCACGAAGGGACAUCAGUUGCAGUCGCUUGUGUUGAAUCACAACCGCUCACUGAACCUUUCCUUCCUCACGGUGCUGGGAACUGCCUGUCCGCAUCUUAAGGAGCUGCGUAUGAACCUGCAGUACUUCAGCUUGUUGGAGUCGAGCAACGAUCGACUUCCCUCUUAUGACACACUAUUGCUCCCGAACGAGGUUCCUAGCUGGCCAGCAUCUUUGCAGGUGGUUCAUUUAGAGAAUCUCCGCCACUGGAGCUCUGGCGCAGCUGAUACUGCGGCAGCCGAAGCCUUUCUUCAAUCAUUGAUUGAUGGCGCUAAAGACCUGCCGGAUCUCAGACACAUCUCGAUCAAGGCAAUGCUCAGCAUUUCCUGGCGAUCACGAGUCGAGCUCCGCAAGUCGUGGCAGGAAAAGUUUGAGAAGAUCUUCCUCCGACAAAGCCCCGACCCAAGGCCACAUUUCACCCUGCAGAAACCGCUACCCGUCGAGCCAUCUCCCCUGGUCGUUUCGAAGCGAAAGUCCAAGAAACCUGCCGCAGAACCAUCUCGGCGGAGCAAACGAGUUGUGCCCUAUGCCUCGGGUACCUCUUCUCGCGCUAGUAGCACGUCGAGGGGGCUUCGUGGCCAGCUGCAGAAGCCUAAGUCGUACGCGGAGCCCGACAGCGAUGAAUUCGACUCUGAUAGCGAUGUCGAAAUGGAGGAGCGAUCAGAAGAUUCUAACCAAGGCGAGACCGACGAAGCCGCCGAGGGAGCAGUGGCAGACACAUUCGUUCAAGGCAUGUGCAACGUCGUUGAUAUCCACAUCGACAACCAAAAACCUCGGGAGCACCAGUACAGCAUGGAUGACUUCCUGAACGACGAACGAGACUUUGAGGUCGAUGACGAAUGGGAUAGCGAUAUGGAUUACGAGUAGGAUUGAUUGUCUAUUCGCUUCCCUUUGUCUGCGAGAGAUACUCGCUUGAACUUUGUCAUUUUGGCUUUCGCAGAGAAGCACCAAAGACGAGGCGAUUUCCCUCGCAUAUUGUGUAAUAUUACAACUUAGCCAACUUCUAUACGCACGCGUCCAUGGCUCGAGGCCAUGGGAGAUGAGACGGCGGAGUGGGCAAUGGUUUGGCUUCGGAACAUAGGGAAGGGCUUGCUUGAGAGCAACUCACUUGGUCGGCCAACAAGGGUUUAUAGAAAACGAAUAUGGAUUAUGAACUGAUGGAUUGGACUGAAGAGCCAGAAGGAAGGCUGGUUCGAGGCACUACUGCAACCAAGGUAACCUACCAAACUGAGAGGUAGGCAUCUCAGACUAUAGCUUCUCCUGUAUCCUACGGUACAGAUGAGGAAGCAAUAGAUAGUUGCUCAAUGAUAAAGAAAUGUUUCAUCAAUG